AUGCACCGUUUCCACACACAACAUUGCCUGUACGUGUUGAUGAAGCAGCUGACGUGCCGUCCAAGCACGGAGAUGUUUGUAUUUGAGUGGGUUGAGGGAAACCUGGCACCGUUCCCCGACUUCAAUGUCCAUGAGACGUGCGUAGACUUUGAGGCGGUGCUGAACUGGCACACUGCCUCGUCAAGACCGCGCAGAGACAUACUCAGUCUCAGGGCGCCCGAGGGCCAGGCAAGACUUCCUUUACCGGACGAUAUCAAACACGUAAUAAGACUUUCGGAGGACAGUUGA